AUGCGACCUCCUCUACCGGAGAAAACGAAUCCUUUGGUCCAGCCAGACCAAACGCCCGACUAUGAUGAGCUUCUGUCGCGCCGACGUCUUGGUCAGACCAAGCUCACCGUGAAGCCUGGUCAGGUUGGCACUUCCAAUGCGACCAAGCCCGAAAAUCUAGGUCUAUUCGAGUACGCGCAUCUUCGCGCACCUCUGCCAAAGGACCUCAAAGGAUCGGAGAUAUUCGCAUCGCAUCAGAACCAGCCACAUCCCGAGACCUAUUUUCUGAUGAGACGAAGUAAGGAUGGCUGCAUUAGUGCUACCGGCAUGUUCAAGAUCGCAUUUCCAUGGGCCAAACACGCCGAGGAGAAGGCGGAGCGCGAGUAUCUGAAGAUCAAGGAGUCCACCAGCCAGGACGAAGUCGCUGGUAAUGUCUGGAUCUCACCGGGUUUGGCACUUGAGCUAGCCGAGGAGUACGGCAUGUACAACUGGGUUCGAGCACUGCUUGACCCGUCAGACAUUGUUCAGAGUCCUGCAACGACAAAGAAACAAAUUUCGCCACCACCAAAAUACGAUCAAUUUCCCGGCAAACCAAUCUUACCGCCUCCCUCUGCCUCCAAGGCGUCCAAGUCAAGGUCGACCAGGUCGGUAUCGCCUAGCAAGAUUGCUUCCCCGGCCAAGAGGGCAGGCUCGGUAGCCUCAACCAAAAAGAGACAGAGCAGGGCAUCGAAGGACGCCAAUCUUGCCCACGCCAACGCCGCAAGUGCCGCGUUGCAGUCUGCGCUCGAUGACGCAGCUUCGACCGUCGAGCAGGAAUCAAUCAACGGCGAAACAGUCAAGGUCGAGAUCGAUUCCACUGUGGAUGUCAACGGGGACACAGAGACAACCCGCACCAACGUAACUGUGGAGAUGCCUGCAGGAUCCGACGAGUUACCUUUGCCCGAAGAUGCUGAGAAGAUGCUGCAAACAGCCAAGAAGAUGGUCGAGGAGGCCAGAGCAUUAGAAGCCGAAACUUCCUCCAGAAUCACUAGGAAGAGAAAAGUGGACGAGGUGGAGCCAGAAGAGCUUGACGCAGACCUGCCUGCUCAGCCGGCCAAGAAAGCCAAAGUGCUAGAGGAGAAGCUGAAGAGAGAGAAGGUUAGGACCAGAGCUUUGGUUGGCGUCACGGCGACAUUGGCAAUUGCUGCGGCAAUUCCAUAUUUCUUCUAA